GCGCACUCAGUAGGCACUGUUUUGCGUGAAGACGUGAAGGAAGGACUGAAACGGGUUCGAAAAGUUCCACGCUGGGUGCAGAUCCUGAAAACGAUUUAUCACGACUACGGUUUGAAACAUGUGUGCUUAAUAUCUAUCCUUAUCAUUUAUCAAUUUAUUGGCGCUGGUGUAUUCUAUUUCUGUGAGGCCGGUUUUGACGAGUCCAAAGAGAAGAUAUGGAAUAUGAGGAUAGCAGAAAAUCGGACAAAAUUCGUCUUUGAUAUUAUACCAUUGAUGUUCAACAACACUGACUACUUAUUUUUUCUUACACAGGAGCAGACUGAUGAGGUGUCGGCAAAACUUCAUACUGAGCUGAAACGUUACGAGAAACAACUCGGUAUCAAAUAUACGGAUCAGAAGAUCAAGUGGGACUUCUGGAACGCUAUGUUGUAUGCUCAGACAAUUUGCACGACGAUAGGAUACGGACACCUCUAUCCAUCCACUGUAUCCGGUCGUGUAUUCACUAUGAUUUAUGCGAUCUUCGGCAUUCCACUUGUACUGUCAAUUCUUGACGAUUUAGGCAAACUACUGACACGAUGUCUGAAAACACCGUGGUGGUUGAUCAAGUGCGGAUGCCGACGUAUGUUUCGCUACUGUACGAAACAAACGAUGGCUGAAAUACGAAAAUUAGAUGCCGAGGAUAAACGAGAUCUGGACAUUUUCGACUUGCCAAUACCUAUCGCUAUUUUCAUAGUAAUUACAUGGAUAUUCGUGUGCUCAGCCACGUUUUGUAUUUGGGAGCACGACUGGGAUUACUUCGUUGCUUUCUAUUUCUUCUUCAUUUCGCUGAGCACAAUCGGGCUGGGUGAUAUCACGCCUACACAGCCAAAAUAUCUGCUCAUGUUAUUUAUCUACAUCAUCAUAGGAUUAUCACUGGUUUCUAUGUGCAUCAAUCUGAUUCAGGCGAAGUUGGAACGAACGUACGAUGCUGGCCGCAUGCAGGAGCUGGAAAUGGAGGCCAUCGGUUUACUGGCUGCCGAAGCAAAACUACCACAGCGCCGACCAAGCAGCUUGGGCAUUUUCCGUUCGUCGUCUUCGGGGAUGUCGAUGAGUAGGGAGGCUGUACAAGCAGCAUUGGCUAAUCGUCGACGAACCAACAAAACCUGUCAGACUGUGCUUUCGUUUCCAUCACCCACUUGCUCUAACUCCUACAUUUGUCGCACGGUGUCAAAUUCCAAGUAA